GGAGAAUCCUCUUAACAAAGUAAUCUCUUACCAUCUGCUCCAAUCAUCUACCAGUGUUCAGUGUUCACCUGCAUUUAUUUUGCAUGUGGUCUUCUCCGGAGUGAACCAUGCUAGUGUCUCCUCAGGCAGAGAGGAACUGGGAGAGUUUGGCUGCAGUACUGGAGGAUGUGCUGGAGGAGCAAUCUCACAGGAAACUUUUCGCCUUGGAACUGGGAUCUGGCACAGGGCAGCAUGUCAUACGCUUCGCCCAGAAAAUGCCCUUUGUGACCUGGCAACCCUCAGAUAUCAAAGAAGAAUCACGAGACAGUAUUAAGGCAUACAUUGCUGCCACCAAUGCAAAGACUGUGCUCCAACCAGUGCACCUUGAUGCCAGUGAUCCCUGGGAGAAAUGGGGAAACCUUUCUGCAAAUUCUUGUGAUGUUAUUAUCGCCAUAAACCUACUGCAGUACAGCUCCUUCAAAACAGCACAGGGUGUUUUCACUGGAGCAGGUCAGGUCCUCAAACAAAAUGGUCUUCUGAUAAUAUAUGGGGUCUAUGCAAUAAACGGAACAAUUACACCAAGCUGUAAUGAACAUCUGGAUGAAGAGAUAAGAAAGCUGAAUCCAGAGUGGGGCCUUCCAGAUAUUGAUGUGCUAAGGCAGAUAGCAUAUGGAAAUGGACUGCGAAUGGAGAGAAUAAUUGAGAUGGAGGAUCACUAUAAAUGUCUAAUCUUCCGGAAACUUUAG